AUGUUGACGCGAAAGAGAGAGGGUGCAAAGAGAUCUUAUCCCGCGUGUUGCACACGGUUCUGUGCUGUGGCAUCUUGUGCCAUGAGAUUGAGGUCAUCAGGGACAAAGAAAUCAUUGAAGGAAGAGGCACUAGACAACUUGAAAGCAAUGGGGUCAGCGGCAAUCGAAACCAAGCCAUCUCCACCCUCACCAGUUCAGGCACUUUUGGGUAGCAUAGCUGCGGGUGUCAUUGCCCUUAUUCUUUAUAAGUUCACCCUUACGAUUGAGGCAGCUCUGAACCGCCAAACAGUUUCUGAUAAUUUCUCGGUUCGUCAGAUAACAAUAACUAUCAGGACUAUUGUGAACGGAUUGUGCUACCUUGCAACAUUUGUUUUUGGCAUCAAUUCUCUCGGGUUAUUCCUUUAUUCUGGUCAACUUGCCAUAAACUCAUUCAUGGAAGAUUCCACAACUAAAGAAAAUGAGAGUACAGGUGAGGAGAAUCUAGGCUCAGUAAGUUCAGUGGCAGAAAAUGCUGUGGAUGGGACGGAAUUGACCAGUAGCAGGGAGGAUCAGAGUCCAGAUGAUAAACAAUAG